UGCACCCUGAAGAAGCAGACUUCCACCCAACAAUCAUUGAUACGGACAUGUUUAUAGAAUUUUCUCUCUCUUGUUACUAAAGUUCUCUUUUUCUCAAAUCAAAAACCCUAUUGUUACAACAGUCCUCUCUUGAUCGAUUCUCCCCCUCUCUCACACAUUUCGAGUUUCUGAUCUGAUACAGAAACAAUUGAGGUUUCAUCUGGAUUUCGUGUUUGUAUUUCUAAUCAAGAUCUGAAUUCCUGCAGUGUCAGAAAAUCAUUCUUCUCAGAGUAACAUUUUCAUUACUGUCGAUGUUUCCAAAAAUCGAAGUAUUUUUCCAGCUGAGGUGAAAAUGGAAAUGCCAGCACAUCGGACAUGGAUGUAUUAUAAUCUUAUUGCUGGUCAAAGGGGAUAUACAGCUGAAUUCUUUCAAGGUCUCAAAGAGUUUCUUGAUCUUGCUUGUCAACAACCAGAGUUUUUGAAUGAAGGUGUAAUAAAGUGUCCAUGUAAGUUUUGUAAAAAUGCGAGGCGCCUAACUCCGAACGAAGUAAAUGCUCAUAUUCGGCAAAAAGGGUUUACGCCCGGAUAUUGGUAUUGGACAUCCCAUGGAGAGGAGGUCCCUCAAAUUAAUAUCGAUGUGGAUAUACACUCAGACUCGGUGCCUUACAGUACUCAGCGAAACUCGGGGUUUGAUGAUGCUGCUCUUAGUGACCAGAAUUUUGUACAGAAUGAAGAAGUGUCUCCAAGUGUGGAAGCUACUCAACAACCUUUGCGGCCUGGGCAUAAAAAUACAUCAAAUUUCUCUGCUAUUGCGAUGUUGAGUUUAAAAUAUAAAUAUAACUUGUCACAAGAUUGUUUCGAUGAUGUUGUUAGACGCUGGCCUAAGGAUCUAGAGGGGGGGGUGAAUAGAUCUCUCUAAGUUUUUAAGGAUUUUUCUACUGACUCGAGCGAAAGCGGUUCUGAAUCGACUUGCGUCUAUUCUGGACCGCUAUUGCAAAGAUCGUACGUGUUUCAAAACCAAAGAAUAAGUGGAAUUGAUGGUGAAGUAAUAUGAUAGCUAACCAAUACGUUUAACAACUGAAAUCCAAUUAACUUCUAGAUUGACAACUUUGAUUUGCAAUGCAGUAAGAUUGGAUCAAGCAAAAACACAAACACUUGGUGCUUAUAACCAAUUAUGAACAGAAAGUAAAAGAGAAAGUAAAAGCGACAAGAACACGAUAUUUGUUUAGGCAGUUCGUCGAUCGUCCUCGCUACGACUACGUCUGCCCCCAAUUCCAAAUUGAAAUUGGGUAAUCUUUCAUUAAUGUUGAAAGUAGUAUAUACAAAGAAGAUAACAAAGCGAUAAACGAUAAACCAAUUAUGUCGAUCCUUUGAAUCUUCUUCCCCCUUAAUCUUGAGCCAGAUCAAGGUUAUCCAAGAGCUUCACUUUGAUCCCUUUCUGCAGUGUCUUCAAUUCCCUCGAACCCUUGUUCUUCAAUCUUCAAUUCCCUCGAACCCUAGUUCUUCAAUCUUCACACUCAGCCGGAUCCUCGAUGAAGCCUCUUGAUAAAAACCCCCAAGAACCACCCGUCGUGGAGGACAAAACCCGCAGAUUUUAUUCACCAACAAACCCCACAGACCUUCACCCACUAGGAAUCUUCAAUUCCGUUCCAUGGACGUUAUCGAACUCAUCACUAACCCGCAACGCAAGAAUGAUUAUGUGUAAUUGUGUUGGAGAUGAUGAAGAACGAAGAUGAGAAGCGUUUGUGUAUCUUUCAGUCGUUGGUGUUCAUUGAAUAAUUACCCUUGCACAAUAUAUAUGAUUGCAUAACAGUUAGAACCAAGAAAAACUGAUUUUUGAACUUUCUUGAUCAGUUAGGUCGACCACUUGUAGUGCUUAGGUCGACCUAACAGAGCUUGCAGAAUUUUUCUCCCAGUUAGGUCGACCUGUUGAAGGAGUAGGUCGACCAGAAUCCUUUUCUGAUGCAUUCUGGGGACUUUUUCACAGAUCAGGUCGACCUGGUUGCCAUGUAGGUCGACCUAGCAGACUGAUGUGAAGAUUUCUUCAUUUUGAGUCGACCUAAAUGGUCUGUGAGUCGACCUAGCAGAGGUAUAUGGAUUUUCCUUCAUUUUAGGUCGACCUAGGUUGAUAGUAGGUCGACCUAACUGCUGAUUUUCUGCAUUUUUCAUGUCCAGCUUGUGUUGAGUCGACUUAUAUGCCAAGUGGAUCACCUUGUGCUUGCUUUCAUGAGUUAUCAAAUUUCUCCUUGUUAUUUGAAUGCUCAUUUGAGUUUGCCAUGAAUCAAAAACAUCUUUGAGUGUAAUCUUGUAUUCACAAACUCCCCCUUUUUGAUGAUGGCAAACCAAUACUCAAGAGCUUUGGUAGUAAGUGGCAAGGACUCAAAAGACUCCCCCGUACAUCCAGCAUCUCUCUCAACAAAGCUCCCCCGUACACUCAGCAGCUAUCUCCCCCGUACAUCCAGCAUCUCUCUCAACAGAGCUCCCCCCGUACACUCAGCAGCUAUCUCCCCCUUUGUCAACAUCAAAAAGAGAAAACAGGAGAAGAGUAACAAGAGAACCAUAGAUAAUAAUGCUAGCAUGUAUAGUAUAGUAGGUAAAAGGUAGUUAAUGGUAGAAUGAGACACAUAUGUGAGCAGGAGCAGUUUUUAUGCAUGAGGUCACUAUAAGCAUGUUAAUUGAUAGCAUAUUAUAGUAUCAAUAAUAUUUUUGGAAGUGAACACCAAUUAUGUUACCGCUUGUUCAAUAUGACGCCUGGCUUGAUGAUGAGCUACCUUUAUGCUAAAAAUUGUUAGCAAGACACAUAGAUAUAUACAUAAAGUAAAGAAAUAAUAUUAAGAGAAGACAAACGUAAUUAGCCCAAAUUAGAGAUAUCGAGUAUCCCUAAUUCCCUACGAAUGUUGAAAUAUUGCUCUGUUGCUAGCGGUUUUGUGAAGAUGUCAGCUAGUUGCUUCUUGCUUUCUACAUGUUCAAAAGUAACGUCUCCUUUCUCUACAUGAUCUCGUAGGAAGUGAUGCCUUACUUCAAUAUGUUUGGUACGUGAGUGUAGGACAGGAUUUUUACUCAAGUUUAUGGCGCUUGUGUUGUCACACAUGAUAGGUAUGUGAUCAAGCUUAAUACCAAAGUCAAGAAGUUGUUGCUUGAGCCAUAAUAUUUGUGCACAGCAGCUUCCAGCAGCUACAUAUUCUGCCUCAGCAGUGGAUAAUGCAACCGAUACUUGUUUCUUACUAUGCCAACUUAUUAGUGAGUUUGAGAAUAGAUGACACGUUCCACUAGUGCUUUUUCUAUCGGAUUUGCAGCCAGCAAAAUCUGAAUCGGAGAAUCCUACCAAAUGACACUCAUUUCCUUUUGGAUACCAUAGGCCAUAUGUAGUAGUUCCACGUAAGUAUCGCAGAAUUCUUUUGACAGCUUUCAAGUGAGAUUCUUUUGGACAAGAUUGAUAUCUUGCACACAUACACACACUAAACAUAAUGUCUGGUCUUGAAGCAGUAAGAUACAAUAGUGAACCUAUCAUACCUCGGUAUAAUUUCACGUCAACCUCUUUACCUUUCUCAUCUUUGUCUAGAUUUGUAUUUGUUGCCAUAGGUGUGUCAAUUUCCUUUGCUUCACUCAUUCCAAAUCUUUUGAGCAGCUCCGUACAAUAUUUAGUUUGAUUCACAAACGUUCCAUGACUGAGUUGCUUGAUUUGUAGGCCAAGGAAGAAAUUUAGUUCACCCAUGAGACUCAUCUCAAAUUCACUCUGCAUAAGCUUAGAAAAGUCUUUGACAAGUUUUGCAUUAGUGGACCCAAAUAUAAUAUCAUCUACAUAAAUUUGGACCAAGAGAAUAUCCUUAUCUUUUCUUUUAAUAAAGAGAGUAGUAUCAACUUUACCCCUAGAGUACCCUUGACUAAGGAGAAAUUUGCUCAAACGUUCGUACCAAGCCCGAGGGGCUUGUUUAAGACCGUAUAGAGCACGUUUCAGCUUAUAAACAUGAGUUGGAUACAUGUAAUUCUCAAAGCCGGGUGGCUGAGCAACAUAGACUUCUUCAUUUAUAUAGCCAUUUAGAAAGGCACUCUUAACAUCCAUUUGGAAUAGUUUGAAGUCUUUAGAACACGCAUAAGCAAGUAAGAGGCGAAUAGCUUCGAGACGUGCUACAGGAGCGUAUGUCUCUUCAUAAUCAAUACCUUCUUCUUGAUUGUAACCUUGAGCAACUAAUCUAGCUUUGUUUCUAGUAAUAACACCGUUUUCAUCAAGUUUGUUACGAAAAACCCAUCUAGUGCCUAUUACUUGAUGAUCUCCCGGAUGAGGGACUAAGUCCCAAACAUCAUUCCGUUUAAAUUGGUUUAAUUCUUCUUGCAUGGCCAUUAGCCAAUGCUCAUCAAGUAAUGCGUCCUUAGCGUUUUUCGGCUCAACUUGUGAAACAAAAGCAAAAUGAUGGCAGAAGUUACUUAUCUUUGAGCGUGUUGUAACGCCCCUUGAGAUGUCUCCUAUUAUAUUGUCAAUUGGAUGGUCUUUCACGUUUGUCCAGGCCUUGGGAAGUUCUACAUUGUUUGAGAUGCUUUCUUUUUCAUUUUCAUUUUGAGACUCGUCUUUCUCUUUCUCAGCAUCUUUCUUUACAAUACUCUCAUCCUCAUCUUCCUUAUCCUUGACAAUGUCUUCAGUGGAUGGACCUGCACCAUUAAAUGAAAGACCUUUCUCGACAUAUUUUGCAUAAGAUUCAUCAAAAGAAACGUGUACUGACUCUUCUACUAUAAGUAAUCUCUUGUUAUAUAUUCGAUAUGCUUUGCUAGAUUGUGAGUAACCAAGGAAUAUGCCCUCAUCAGCUUUAGCAUCGAAUUUGCCAAGGUUAUCCUUACCAUUGUUCAAAACAAAACACUUGCAACCGAAUACAUGGAGAUGAGAUACAUUUGGUUUUCUACCCUUUAGUAAUUCAUAGGGAGUUUUGUUCAGUAUAGGACGUAUUGUUAUCCUAUUCAAAACGUAACAUGCUGUACUAAUUGCGUCAGCCCAGAAAUACUUUGGUAGAUUACCCUCAUUCAGCAUUGUUCUUGCCAGCUCCUCUAGAACACGAUUUUUACGUUCAACUACUCCGUUUUGUUGAGGUGUUCUAGGAGCUGAAAAGUUAUGCUCAAUUCCAUGUUUAUCACAGUAUUUUUCAAAAGAAAUGUUUUCAAAUUCUCCACCGUGAUCACUUCGAAUUGCAGCUAUUUUGUUGUUCAUUUUGUUUUGACAUAAUCUUGCAAAUUGUGUAAAGGCUGGAAAAGUUUGAUCCUUACUAGGUAAAAAGAUUGUCCAACAAAAUCUCGAGUAAUCAUCGACAAUGACAAAACCAUAGGUGUUUCCACCCAUGCUUUUAGUCCUUGAAGGGCCAAAGAGAUCCAUGUGAAGUAGUUCAAGAGGGCGUGAUGUAGAAACCACGUUCUUUGAUUUAAAAGAGAUUUUUGUUUGCUUUCCCUUUUGACAAGCAUCACAUAGAUGAUCUCUUGAAAAAUUCAUUUUGGGUAAGCCGAUUACUAAAUCUUUUGAGACAACUUUAUUUAGUAAGUCAAAAUUUAUGUGGGCGAGACGUCUAUGCCAAAGCCAUGAGUCAUCGCCUAGAGCAACUAGACAUUUGGUACUAGACUUAGAUACCUCAUCCAAGUUUAGCAUGUAGAUGUUGUUUACUCUUAAGCCCUUAAACAUAAUGUCUCUUUUCUUAGUAUGUUCUAUUGUGCAUCCAGAAUUUGUAAACAUUACUUUAAAAUCUUUGUCGCACAAUUGACUUAUACUUAAAAGAUUAUGUUUAAGACCUUCUACUAGCAGCACAUCAGUUAUAGUAGUGGUAGAAGGAUUACCAACACUUCCUUUACCAAGUAUGGCUCCACGAUUGUUAUCUCCAUAGGUGACAUACCCCUUUUUCUUUGCUUGAAACUCAACGAAAAGAGAUAGGUCUCCAGUCAUGUGUCUUGAACAUCCGCUAUCAAGGAACCACAACCUUUCGGCAAUGUCAAGACACUUUUCCUGCAAGAUUAAUUUAAAGAGGGAGGUCCCCAAUUUUCAUUGGGUCCUUGAUAGUGAGUACACAAUUUGUUGCACUUAGGCAACCAUUGAAAUACUCCUUUAGGAACUAAAAUUCUCCUAAAUUUGCAUUUUUCAAUGGUAUGUCCCUUUUUGCAACAAUAAUGACAGGUAAUAUGAUGAGAAUAUGGAGUUUUGCUAGUUGAUACUUUUGGUACAAAAGUGUAUUUACUAUAUAAAGGAGUAUACGAUCUUUUGAACUUGUUUGGAUCAACCGCAAAAGUCACUUUUGGUUGUAGAGCCUUGUCUAACUUGGCUUUUAGAUCUCUUACUUCUUUUUGCCAAAUGUGACAUGUCUCACAACCAAACCAUGAUGUAGGAUCUAAUUCAACUUUGUCCUUUUGAAUGUCUAGCAUAGAUUGUUUUAAAGCUUCCAUAUCCUUUUCGGUUUUCUCAACUUUUGAUUCAAGGUAUGAAAAAAUUUUCUUAUUUGAGGCCAAAAGUUUGAAAGCUUUAAUUGCAUCUCUAUGUAAUUCUUCAAAAGCAAGUUUUAGUUGAGAAUGAGAUACCUUAUCUACAAGUUCAGGUUUAAGAUGACUUACAGCUUUCUUUUUCUUGUUUUGAUGAGCCAUGAGACAUAGGUUUGCUGAUUCUUCUUCAUCGCUUGACGAGCUUUCACUAGAUGAAUCACUUUCCCAUGCUAUGUAAGCUCUUUUAGAUUUGUUAUGACCUUUGCUUUGGUUCUUCUCCUUUUCUUUCUUAAGGUAUGGACAAUCCGGUUUGUAGUGACCGGCUUUCCCACAAUUAAAGCAAAGACCUUUGAUCUUUCCUUUGUUGUCGUCAUCUUGUUUGAACAUGUUUGAUUGCUUUCUAUAGUUGAUCAAUCCUUUGUCGGAAUGUUUUGCUCCAUUUUUCUUUAGAUAUUUGUUGUAUCUUCGCACAAACAGUCCCAUUUCCUCAUCAUCGGAGUCUUCGUCAUCACUUGUGUCACUAUCCUUUGGCUCUCGUUUUGAGGUCUUGGAGCUCGAAGCUUUUAGAGCUAUUGACUUCUUCUCUACCUCUUUCUCCAUGUUCUUUUCUUUCUUUGUCCUCUUCUCAUGCAUGUCAAGGCAUUUAAGAUGCUGUUCAUGUUCCUCUAGUUUACCAAAGAGAGUGGUAAUGUCUAAAGUGUUGAGAUCAUUUGCUUCCUUAAUUGCUGUAACUUUGGGCUGCCAUUCCCUGUUCAAACACCUUAAGAUUUUGUUAGUAGCAACUGCAUUGGAAACCGGUCUAUCAAGAGAAUUUAAUCGAUUUUUCAGGUGAAUGAAUCUUUUCUGCAUGCUUUCGAUGGUUUCACCAUCUUCCAUGUGGAAAAGUUCGAACUCUUGAGUUAACGUAUUGAUCCUAGCUAGUUUGACAUCAUCCGUUCCCUCGUGGGCAACUUGCAAUGUGUCCCACAUAGCUUUAGCUGAUCUACAAUGGGAAACGCGAUAGUAUUCAUCAACUCCUAGAGCUGAGAUUAGAAUGUUUCUCGCUUUCCAAUCGUAUGCAUAUUUCUUUUCAUCUUCAGCAUUCCAAGUAUCUUCUGGUUUUGGAACAACUGCACCAGCUGCAUUUGUCAUAGUGAUCUGAAAUGGACCAUUGACAAUAGCUGUCCAGAUGUUCCUAUCAAUUGCAUUGAUAUGGACACACAUACAAUCCUUCCAAUAGCCGUAGUUUUCUCCGUUGAAAACUGGAGCUCUAUUAUGAGCCCCUUUAGGUCCAGAAGCCAUCUUUCCAAUAAGUGUUUCACGUAGCACGGAAUAAACCAGAGCUCUUGAUGCCACUUGUUAGACGCUGGCCUAAGGAUCUAGAGGGGGGGGUGAAUAGAUCUCUCUAAGUUUUUAAGGAUUUUUCUACUGACUCGAGCGAAAGCGGUUCUGAAUCGACUUGCGUCUAUUCUGGACCGCUAUUGCAAAGAUCGUACGUGUUUCAAAACCAAAGAAUAAGUGGAAUUGAUGGUGAAGUAAUAUGAUAGCUAACCAAUACGUUUAACAACUGAAAUCCAAUUAACUUCUAGAUUGACAACUUUGAUUUGCAAUGCAGUAAGAUUGGAUCAAGCAAAAACACAAACACUUGGUGCUUAUAACCAAUUAUGAACAGAAAGUAAAAGAGAAAGUAAAAGCGACAAGAACACGAUAUUUGUUUAGGCAGUUCGUCGAUCGUCCUCGCUACGACUACGUCUGCCCCCAAUUCCAAAUUGAAAUUGGGUAAUCUUUCAUUAAUGUUGAAAGUAGUAUAUACAAAGAAGAUAACAAAGCGAUAAACGAUAAACCAAUUAUGUCGAUCCUUUGAAUCUUCUUCCCCCUUAAUCUUGAGCCAGAUCAAGGUUAUCCAAGAGCUUCACUUUGAUCCCUUUCUGCAGUGUCUUCAAUUCCCUCGAACCCUUGUUCUUCAAUCUUCAAUUCCCUCGAACCCUAGUUCUUCAAUCUUCACACUCAGCCGGAUCCUCGAUGAAGCCUCUUGAUAAAAACCCCCAAGAACCACCCGUCGUGGAGGACAAAACCCGCAGAUUUUAUUCACCAACAAACCCCACAGACCUUCACCCACUAGGAAUCUUCAAUUCCGUUCCAUGGACGUUAUCGAACUCAUCACUAACCCGCAACGCAAGAAUGAUUAUGUGUAAUUGUGUUGGAGAUGAUGAAGAACGAAGAUGAGAAGCGUUUGUGUAUCUUUCAGUCGUUGGUGUUCAUUGAAUAAUUACCCUUGCACAAUAUAUAUGAUUGCAUAACAGUUAGAACCAAGAAAAACUGAUUUUUGAACUUUCUUGAUCAGUUAGGUCGACCACUUGUAGUGCUUAGGUCGACCUAACAGAGCUUGCAGAAUUUUUCUCCCAGUUAGGUCGACCUGUUGAAGGAGUAGGUCGACCAGAAUCCUUUUCUGAUGCAUUCUGGGGACUUUUUCACAGAUCAGGUCGACCUGGUUGCCAUGUAGGUCGACCUAGCAGACUGAUGUGAAGAUUUCUUCAUUUUGAGUCGACCUAAAUGGUCUGUGAGUCGACCUAGCAGAGGUAUAUGGAUUUUCCUUCAUUUUAGGUCGACCUAGGUUGAUAGUAGGUCGACCUAACUGCUGAUUUUCUGCAUUUUUCAUGUCCAGCUUGUGUUGAGUCGACUUAUAUGCCAAGUGGAUCACCUUGUGCUUGCUUUCAUGAGUUAUCAAAUUUCUCCUUGUUAUUUGAAUGCUCAUUUGAGUUUGCCAUGAAUCAAAAACAUCUUUGAGUGUAAUCUUGUAUUCACAGAUGUGAUGAAGUUUAUGAGGGAGUCAAGCCAUGCUGAGAAUGAAAUUCCUUCAAAUUCUAGGCAGACAAAGAGAACUUUGCAGCCAACUGAAAUUUUAAGAAAAAAGAAAAGUGCACAAACCAAUGCACCAUUGAUCAUUCCAUCAGUUACCCUUGAAGCUUAUCAUAACCAAGCCACUCAACCUCAACCUCCAUCUCAAGCUAAAUUUAAUCGACCUCAACCCACUAAACCUCAAUCUCGACUCAAACUCCGAUCUCAAUCUCAACUCUCUCAACCUCGACCACAACCUCAACUCUGCCUGCAACCCCAACUUAACAGACAACACACUCCACCUCCAUCUCGACCGCUACCUCAACCGAACGGAUCUCAGACCAUUCUUACCCAAGUCCUUCGAUUGCAAGAAUUUUCAAUGGUCAACAGAACUCCGUCUUCUUCAUCUAGCCAUGUUAGUGAAGAAAGUAAUGGGAACAAAAUCUCUAUACUUCCAGAAGGGGAUGGGUUUGAUCAACACGAACUGGUAGUGAAGCAAAUUGCUUCAAUCAUACGUACUAACUUGAAGGAAGGAAAACCAUCAUGGAAACAGUUAUCUAAAGAGCAACGAGAUUCAUGGUUUGAUAUAUUUAAAUCAAAGUUUACAUGGCCACCUCAACAUGAAGACAUGGUGCGGCGUAACUUUGAAAAAAGAGGAUCAGCUAAAAUGAUUCAAUUAAUGCAAGAAGCUCGAAAAAGGUUAGAUGAAAAACCAAUUUGGAUGGAAGAGUGUGUGUGGGCACAACUAAAGGCACACUGGGAGUCCUUAAAAUACAAAAGAAUGUCUGAAACAAAUAAAAGAAAUUGUGAGUCUAUGGUUGGUGCAUCUCUUCACACCGGUGGAUCAAUUCCUCAUCGUUUGCAUUGGAAACGAAUGAAGGAGGCAAAAGGGACUGAUCCAUCAUUGGCUGAGUUUUAUUUUCGUACUCAUCGAAAAAAGAAUCAAAGUUGGGUGGGUCCUUGUGCAGAGUCUGCUUAUGAUAAAUUCGAACAAAGAAAAUUAGAAUCAUCUUCCAAGUUUGUUUCAGAAGAGAAUGGAGGUGAUAAUCAACGAUCCAGAGAAAUUCCAUCAGACUUGGAUAUAUGGGUAGAUUCGGUUGGAAAGAAAAAAGGAAGGGUUUUCGGACUCGGGUCUCUGAGCAAAACACUGGUCACAUCUGUUAAACUUCCCACUAAUACGAAAGAUGUCAACGUUUUAAGAAAUCAGAUUCAUGCACUUAACGAGUCACUGCAUAAACAGGAACAGGAGAAAAUAGAAAUGAAGAAAGAGUUGACUGAGACUAGAAAACAAGUAAUGGCUUUAAUGCAACACUUAGGAUUUGCUGGCUCUUCUUCUUAAUCGACAUUCAUCACCUCAACACAGCAAUGAAAUUGAUAACGGUGAUGAUGAUGACACUGCGGUUGAUAGUAAGAAGGUUGAUAGUACGAAGGACUGUAUCUGAUUUAUAGGACUUGUGACAGUAUACUUGUAUGUACAAUUUUUUUUUAAUGUUGUACUAUUUCCUCAUUCUCAAAUUAGGCAUCUUUGUAGUUUUACACUUUGUAAGAUAAGGAUUAAGGAUUAAUUGUGUUGAUUUCGAGAAUAAAAUGAGUGUAAUUAAUUAAAA